AUGGCAAAGGAACAUUCUGAAGCUGUAUCUAAAGAACUGCCACAGGUCAUCAUGGAGAGCACCAAGACUGGUGAACUCGGGCCAUUGACCCCGGAGCAAUACAUGGUUGAUAACUGCAGAAACGUAUACCUGCCAGGCUUUGAAGUGACUGCUGUGGCCUCAAUGUGGGGUUUGAUGCUGUUAGCUUCACAUCCUGAAUGGCAGGACCGAAUUCGAGCUGAGGCUGCACAAUUGAAAAUGGUGAUUCAGGAGGUACUGCGGCUUUACUCAGGAGUGGCCAUUUUGACGAGGCAUACAAUGAAAGAUGUUCAGCUUGGUGAUGUUUCGGUUCCAGAGGGUGUCGGUAUUUGGGUUUGGUUACCAGCAUUGCACCAAGAUUCUGAGUUCUGGGGACCUGAUGCAGCCAAGUUCAACCCUGAGAGAGGUUUGCUAAUCGUAUUUCUGGGGCCUGCAACCCUUCCAGUGCCUACGUCCCGUUUGGUACUGGAAACAGAGCUUGUCCUGGCCAGGGCCUAG